CGUAUUAUCAUAUAGCCGGGUGGCGUAGACCAAUCAGAGGCCUCCGUUACCCGUGCUUUAUUCUCCGAUAAACCAUGGCUCAGCCGUGCGUUAUUAUCCAUAAACCAUGGGUGAAACCAUAAUGAUAUAGGGGUACACAGCUCUUUCUGUUAAUAUUCAUAGCAGUUUCCUGGUCAGACAAAAUUAUGUUUUUUUUUAAGCUUCAUAUAAACUAAAAUGUGUGUGAGUAUGAAAUGUAUAUGUAAAUAGAUAGAAUUUGAACGGGAGAGCAAAAACCAUACUUAUUUUGACACCCCUACAAAAAGUGGUAUCGCCCACAUCACCUGACUGAAUCAGACCAAGGAUCAGACGAUUUUAUUUUUUUGGUCCGCCAUCUUGCCUUCUUGUGUCAUGGAGAGUUUGCCUAAUUUCUACAUGGAAGAGAUAACAGACGCGGAUUUAGAUGAGAUAUUUGGACCCAUGGAGGUCGAGGAACAGACGCUGGAAGCUACACCAGAGACAGAGGUCAGCAGGGUGCGUUUCGCGUGUCUGAACGAACAACAACUUGGCGAGAUAGAGGAGGGGCGAGUUGAAAAAACUACUGAAAGGGCAACCAAGUGGGGAGUGAAGCUUUUGAAAGAAUGGCUGACAGCAAGAGACUUGGAUACAGACUUUGAGGAGCUUCCUCCAGAAAACUUGGCACCACUGCUCAGGUCCUUCUACGCAGAGGUUCGCAAAGAUAACGGCACACCGUAUGACAAAAGCUAG